GCACAACACCGGCAUGUGGCUCGUCAAGGUUACAAGUAGCAGUGAGGAAGAAGACAACAUUAUAGGCCCAAUGCCAGCCAAAGGACCAGUGGAGUCUGAUGUGACUAAAGAAUUUGAACGCAGAGCUCAGAGAAUGAAGGAAAAACUUACUUCAGCAGACAGUCAAGUUCCCAGGGAAUCAUGGAUGACAGAACUUCAACCUGAAUUGAAAAACUUUGGAUUUGGCCCAAGAACAUUCAGAAGAGCUGAUGACAAAUCAGGCAUUGGAUCUAUUUGGACAGAUACUGUAGCAGACAGAGAGAAGAGCCAAGCAGUGAGGAAGAAGACCACCUUAUCUAAAGAUAGUGAAGAAACUAUAUUACCUGGAAGAGAUAAAGUUGCCGAGCAGGUGACUUCCAACAGUGAGUCCAAGAGAUCAGAAUCUCUCCUGGACAUGCAUCAGAAAAAGCUGAAGAGCAAAGCAUCUGAAGAAAAGGCCAAACCUCAGGAGAGAAGGCCGUUUGACCGAGAGCAGGAUCUCAAAGUCGAUCAUGACGAAGCACAAAAACAUCUCUUGUAUUUGGAUCUCUUGAUUUUUCUUAUUAAAUUUGAGUAUAGUGAAGGCAACAUGUUUUUGUAAGAUAAAGGCAUGAAGCUCUUUGGAAGUCAACUAAAAUUUAAAUACUUAUUUUUUAAAGUAUUUUUCUGUAAAUAUUUAUAUGCAGAGUAAAUAUCCUGAUGUUUAACUAACAUACUGUACUAUGGAGGAUCAUCUGUACUAAAGCUAAGCUGAUAAAGAUACAGAUUAAAGUUU